GAAUGCCUUGAGCGUUGAGAGUCGUCACAUAACUAUUAUAUUUGUUUAUUUGUUUUACAGUAGUUUGUACGUUUAUUGUCAGACAUGCAGGACUCCGUGGACUGCCUUGUCCGAGUGCUGGAGUCCUACAGGGGAAGAGAUAAAAUCAUCAGGACGCUUUGUUAUGGCUCCCAGCUGGUCGGAGGCAUUCUUUCACGCCAGGCAGAUGCUUCGUCUCACAGCCUUGGGAAAAGUCUGCUGCUCUUUUCUGCUCAGCUCAGCCACUGCAGAACAGUGCUCAGGCUCUUUGAUGAUAUCUCCAUGCUGGCUUAUUCCCACAGUUAUGGAUUUGGAGCCGAGGAGGAAGAUGGAGCCGUGCGCUGGAUAUCGGUGCUCGCGAAUGUGGCCGACCAGCUCUACUACCCGUGUGAACAUGUGGCCUGGGCCGCUGAUGCCCACCUCAUUCAAGUGAAGUCCGAUCGAUGGUGGCUGCUCAGCACGGUGCUGUGGGGAACUUCGCUGCUGCUCGGGAUACUGAGGUCACUCCGAGUUCUGCUGCUGCUCAGGAAACAGAGGAGGAGAUGUGAGCGAGAUGGAAGCAGCGACUGUCAGAUCCGCAAACAGAUGCAGCGAGAACUGCUGUCCGUCAUCGGCUCCGUGGCAGACCUGAGUAACGCCAUCCACUGGAUGCCACAUGGCUUCCUGUGGGCAGGCCGAUUCCCCACCUGGAUGGUGGGGCUGAUGGGUACCGUCUCCUCUCUGACUGGUCUGAUCAGGCCAUCGUGCAGUGCUUAGUCCUCCCAAAAGAGUGCGUCCAUCACUCUGUGGUAAGCUCUGUAAAAAAUAAAUGUGGCUGAUCUUGGAUAUGAUCAGUUGGACUCUUUUAUGGAUAUUCAUUCCAUUUCAAGUUAAAUGUAAAUACAACAAUAUUGUUUUGAUAUGUGUGCUUUGUUUUAAUUGAAGCAAACAAAGAGAAUUAGGGUGUCCGUUUACGAUUUAUAACAAAUAUUACUGGCCAUCAUUUUUGAAACUGUGAUUUCAAUCUACAAGUGUCCUUGCAUCAGUGCAGUUCAAAGUGCACAUGUUAGAGUGGCAUUCACUUUGGCCAGUCGAAGGCAAGCCUGUGCAAGGAUCCUGCUGUCUAAUCACAUCUCGAUACGCCGCAUCUGCGAGGUGGUUGAAUUAUCUCGGCAAAGGAGAAGUGCUCAGUAACACAGAUUUAGACCGCUUUGUGAAUAAUACUUGAGAUAAGUAGGUCAAGACGUUCAUCGUGGUUUGAGCAUCGCUACCUCACUCCAUUGUGGUUUUUCAAAAAUGUAUUAUUUCGUAAAUUAUGUAUCGUGGUUGACUACUAUCAUUAAAAUACAUUUUUAAGCUAAUGUUAGGUAUUCUUGGCCUAAAUUAAGGAUUUUCAGGCAUGAAAAUGUUUUAAAUGAUCUAAAAUACAAAUACAGUUUGAAGGCAAUGCAAGACGUUGAUGAACUGUACUACACUGGCCACUAGGUGUCACUGUAGUAACACGCACCAGACUUGGUCACCAAGCGGGCUUUUAUUAUUCUGUAUUUAUUUCACAACAGACACAGUAAUAACAUAAUAAAAAAUACUAAUUAUCAUCAUGAGCGUAAUAACAUGGCCGUACUCUGGCUAACAUUCAACACCCCGUUGUUACUUCCUGUCCACAGAUCCGGACGACGGUUAAUGACACACAGGAGCACGAGUCUUGUUUGUGUUUUAAAUUGCUUAGUUCUCUGAUUACAUCUACUAUAUUGGGUAAUAUGAGUGUAAAGGUGACUAUAAUGGUAUUACUUCAUGUUUGGAGGGCUCUAAUAAUGGUAAAAAUCAUAUUUCGAAAGCCCAUCCAUCUAUCCAUUUUCUAUACCGCUUCUCAUCAUUAGGGUCGCGGGGGCAUGCUGGAGCCUAUCCCAGCUGACUUCAGACGAGAGGCGGGGUACACCCUGGACUGGUCGCCAGCCAAUCGCAGAUUUCAAAAGUCAUAAACAGGUUUUCUAUGGUCUUAACUACGAAAAUAUUCCGUUUAUACAUAUUGAAUCCUAUUUAGCUGAAAUUCACUUCUCGCAGUCCGGUCCAAUCACUUAACUGCAAUAAAUGAGGGAUAACUGUAGACAGAAAACGUUUUAUAUCUUUGAGUUCAGCUCAUGAAAGAUGGGAGGGAUGGACGUGUAAAACCAAAUUAAGUAUAGGGCCGCCUGUGGCCCUAUGUCCCAAUUUUAAUUGGGCUUCAAGCCACAAAUGUUCUCCAUUAAAACAAAAAGAAUCUGAGCAGUUUUGUUGAUAUACUUUAUUUGUCAGGCACCUAAAAAAGAAAUGAGGGAGUAAAGGCACAUUACACAGCCAGUGAGGGAUGAAAAUGUAGUUUUCCCAAAUGUAACCCUCAAAAGGCUACGGAGCAAAGACUUUGCGGAGCAGCAGAAAACGUCCUCUGACACAUUAAACAUCUCCUUUCAACAAAUCACAAUACAAGAUCCCCACAAUUAUGACUGCAGGCCACAGACAACUUACAGAAGCAAUACCGAAAUAAUUUUUAAAAACGACAUGUAAAUGCAUGUACAUUUAGGAAUAAUACUCUAUUCUAUUUUGAAAAUAAUAUACGAAGAAAUUAUUUUUUCUCUGAUGUCACAGUGGGAUCAAUUUUGGGUGCAUGUGAUCGCUUCCAUGCUACUGUGCCAAAGCACAACACAAGUGUUUGUUGUGUGCGGGGAGAAGUGCUCAGUAACACAGAUUUAGACCGCUUUGUGAAUAAUACUUGAGAUAAGUAGGUAAAGACGUUCAUCGUGGUUUGAGCAUCGCUACCUCACUCCAUUGUGGUUUUUCAAAAAUGUAUUAUUUCGUAAAUGAUGUUUCGUGGUUGACUACGGCUUAUCAUUAAAAUACAUUUUUAAGCUAAUGUUACGUAUUCUUGGCCUAAAUUAAGGAUUUUCAGGCAUGAAAAUGUUCUAAAUCAGGAGUCACCAACGUGGUGCCCGCGGGCACCAGGUAGCCCCCCACGACCACAUGAGGUGCCCACAAGCCUGCCUUUCAUUCAGGUUUUCAGUUAAUAAUGAAAGAACAGUAGAAAGAAAUGCAUUCUGAAAUACAAAAUGUGAGUUGUGGACACCAGCAUUUUGUUAAUGUUCUGGUAAAACAAGCAUAUUCGCUUUUUUGGGGUUUAAAAUAAGCUCUGAAAACAAAUGUUACAAAAAUGAGUAGCUCUUGGCCAUUUUCAUUUUGUAAAAGUAGCUCUCACAAGGAAAAACGUUGGUGACCCCUGUUCUAAAUGAUCUAAAAUACAAAUACAGUUUGAAGGCAAUGCAAGACGUUGAUGAACUGUACUACACUGGCCACUAGGUGUCACUGUAGUAACACGCACCAGACUUGGUCACCAAGCAGGCUUUUAUUAUUCUAUAUUUAUUUCACAACGGACACAGUAAUGACAUAAUAAAAAAUACUAAUUAUCAUCAUGAUCGUAAUAACAUGGCCGUACUCUGGCUAACACUCAACACCCCGUUGUCACUUCCUGUCCACAGAUCCAGACGACGUUUAUUGACACACAGGAGCACGAGUCUUGUUUGUGUUUUAAAUUGCUUAGUUCUCUGAUUACAUCUACUAUAUUGGGUAAUAUGAGUGUAAAGGUUGGUAGUUUUGUCAAAGACGUUAAUGUCGGUGGUUCCCAUCCAAGAUGACGUUUUCGGAUGGAAUUAACUCAUCCUGUCACCCACAUGCAUCAAAAUCAUCUGAUGCUUGAGUAAAGUCAUUACCUCAUUUACCUCUGCCCUUCUUGCCGGUACAUUUGUGCUUUUCAGCUUGUUGUAAACGAGAGAAUGUUUUGUCACACACACUGCAUGUGAACGGUUUGCUAGCUUCGUGUGUUUUCAAGUGUGCCAUUAAAUGUUCCUUUUGAGAAAACCGUGCAGCACAAGCCGAGCAAGAAAAGGGUUUUUCUCCAGUGUGUAUUCUCAAGUGUCUCAUCAAAUUGCCCUUUUGAGAGAAACUUUCGGCACAAACUGAGCAAGUGAAGGGUUUUUCUUUACCAUGGAUCAUCUUGUGGCUCAUUAAAGCAGGCUGCGUCGCGAAGCUGCGACUACACACUGAACAUGAAUAUGGUUUUUCUCCCGUGUGCGUCCUCAUGUGGCAGUUCAAACUAUAUUUACUUGUUAAUCCUUUGCCACAAACUGAGCAGGAAAAAGAUACUUGGCCUGAAUGUGUUCUAUCGUGUUUUUUCAGAUGACACUUUUUAAGAAAUUCUUGGCCACAAAUUGAGCAGGAAAAUGGUUUUUCUACAGCAUGUACUCUGAAAUGUGCGGUAAUUUUCGUCUUAUCUGUAAAUGUUUUACCACAAAUUACACAUUCAAAUGUUUUUUCUCCAGUGGCUGU